CCUGCCCAAAGCUUGGGAUAUCAUACGAGGCUGACAUCUAUAUGCAUUUUGCCACUGUCAUUCCAUAUUUUUCCAUUCCGUGCGAUUUCGACACUUAUCGGUCCGUCGACUGCCAAGAGAGAUCCCCAAGGAUUGCGACUUUCGAGUGAACUACGGGUCUUGGUGAGUAGUUCAAACUUUCGUGAAUUGAUUAAGUGGAAAAUAUUCGUCGUUAGGUACAGGGAAUGGAAGCAUUCGACGACGAGAUCGCCCGACUGCGGGCUGCAGUGAAUCUUCAUCCUCCAGGAGAUCCUAACCGGUCAACGUUCCUCCAUGACCUCUCCAGUAUCCGACGGAAUAAGUUCGCUGAAUACGGUGCAGAGGUGGACUUGGAUGAAUCUAUCACCCUUAGCCGAGCAGCGUUGGAGCUCCGUCCACCAGGGCACCCCCAACGGCCCAACUCACUCAUCCUUCUUGCGGGUUGCCUUAAUGACCGGUUCAAAAAAGGAGGUGUACUUCAUGAUUCUGAAGAGGCCAUCUCACUUAGCAGAGCUGCACUGGCACUCCGACCAUCAGGAGACGCCGGUCGGGAUUUCGCCCUUCAUAAUCUCGCUGAGCUGCUCAUGACACGAUACUCACGAGAGGGUCAGACGAUACUUUUGGACGAAGCGAUCACACUUGGACAAGCAGGGUUGGAUCUGCGCUCACCUGGGCAUCCUCAUCGGGCCUCUUCACUUCUCAACCAGUCGAGGUACCUUCAGGCACGGUUUAGGUUAGAGGGUAGAAUGUCGGAUUUGGAGGAUGCGAUUGCGUUCUGUAAAGCUGCCUUGAAACUUUAUCCGCCCGGCCAUCCAGACUGUCCCCACACACACUCUGGUAUCGCAUCGAUUCUUGACGAUCGGUUCGAGAAGGAAGGUAACAUAUCAGAUUUGGAAGAAGCCGUUACCGUUUCACGGACUGGAUUGGAGGUUACUUCCCCGUACCAUCCGUCGCGGGCCUUCCAUCUCUACACUCUUGCAGUCUGCCUUUAUGACAGGUUUACAAAGCUGGGUGAAGUGGCUGACUUGCAUGAAGCCAUCUGCCUAGCACGAGCUGCUUUGGCUUUGACUUUGCAGCAGAGUGCUAUCUAUCCCCAUUGCCUUAGCGUGCUUUCUCGCUGUCUUAGUGCAGUGUCCAGGAUACCCGGAGAGGCAACCGCUUCGGACGGAGUGGAAGCUAUUUCUCUCAGUAAUAUGGCUUUGGAGCUGAGCCAGCCGGGGCAUCCUGAUCGUCCCCUAUUCCUCUGCACUGCCGCAGAAGCGCUUGCCCACAACUCUCAAGAGCAAGGUUCCAUGGCUGAUUCCGCGAAAGCCACGGAGCUUUCUCGAACUGCGCUGCAGCUCAGUUCACCGAAACGCCCCCUCCACCCCGUGUAUCUUGGCGUUCUGGCACAAUGUCUCCACAAAAGGUUUAGAGAGCAAGGUGCUGUCGCUGACUUAAGCGAGGCCUCGGCACUUGCACGGACCGCGUUGGAACUCAGCUCUCCAGGUCAUCCCUAUCGGCCAUCCUAUCUCGACAUCCUUGCCAGUUGCUGUUGGCACAAUUUUCAGCUACACUCUGCUUUUGCAGACUUGGAGGAAGCAAUCACACAUGGUCAAGAAGUUGUGAAACUCCGCCCAGCUGGGCACCCAGCCUCUGUUAUCUCGCGGAAUAACCUCGCAACAUACGUCCAGGAUUGGUUUCGGAAGCAGGAUACGAGCACCGAGCUGGACAAGGCGGUCACACUUGGACGCAUUUUGCUGGGCCUGUCUCCACCGGGACAUCCAGAUCGCAUUGCAGCUGUCAUGAAUCUAUCACCCUGUCUUAGGAAGAGGUUCCGCAAACAAGGCUCAAGCAGUGACCUUGACGAAGGCAUUGUAUUGUGUCAAGAACUUGAGCAUCUCUGCCCUUCAGACCAUCCUGAACGCUCCUCGCUACUUCAUGAAUUGGCGCUUUGUUUGACUGAAAGGUCCCAAAAAUCCCUAGCAAACGCUGAUCUGGAGGAGGCAAUUGCUGCGGAGAAAGUUGCACUGGAGCUCCGUCCGCCUGGGCACCCUGGCCGUGGCGAAUCUCUUCAACUGCUCGCGCUUUGCUUCAAGAAUAAGUCAAAGAACGAGUGCGAAGAUGCGGCUGGAGUUUUAGGCGAGGCAAUCGCGCUUGGGCGUCAUGCAUUGGAGCUUUGUCCACCGGGACAUCCUACUCGGUCUUCGUGCCUCCAUACCCUUGCGCUUUGCUUGUGCGAUAGGUACGAGAGGCAGAAUAUGGUCGAUGACAUCGAAGAGGCUAUCAUCUUGUUUCGAGAAGGUUUGAAGAUUCGUCCCUCAGGGCACCCAGAUCGACCUUCUACGCUUCAUGGACUCGCGCUUUGCCUUAGCUAUAGGUUUCAAAAGCAAGGCUUGAUGGCCGACUUAGACGAGGCCAUCUCUCUUGAACAAUCUGCACUGGAACUCAUAAACCCAGGAAGUGCCGAGCACGCUGCGUCUCGCUCCAGCCUCACAAACUUUCUCCAAGCAAAAAUUAAGAAAACAAAUCCCACUACGCAUGCAGAAGCGCCACCGCUUUCGCGUUCUUCCCACUUAUGGCAAUUAAUCAGGAAAGCUGUUCUUGAAUUUCUUGAAACUAUUCCCUUCCGACUCCUGAACGUGCGCACUGGUGUCCUCUGUGACCGAGACCAGCAGUUAUCACUUUUCGAAAGCAGUCUUCAGUAUAAAGAAUUGUUGUCGUCCCUGGAGGGGUAUGACACCCCUGAGCAGAUUUCCCAAAUCUAUUCCGUGAUCUCCUCCUACUUCCAGUACGUCACCCUAUCACACAAGUGGGGUCCAGGAGAGCCGUUAUUGCGCGACAUCGAAGGUCGUCUGAUCUAUAAUUUGACCGGAGGAGGCGGUCUUGCGAAGCUUCAGGCAUUUUGUGUCACCGCCCUUGAACACGGUUACCUGUGGGCAUGGAGCGACACGUGUUGUAUUGACAAGGCAAUCAGUACGGAAAUGCAGGCGACAAUUGGGUCGGUGUUUUUAUGGUACCGAAAAUCAGCUUUGACGAUCGUGUAUCUUUCCGAUGUUGCCAAAUCUGGUUCACUCUCUUACAGCAUUUGGCCGACGAGAGGUUGGACUCUUGUAGAGUUAUUGGCGGCCCGCACUAUAUUGUUCUACACGGAAGACUGGUCGCCUUACAUGGGUCGCACGUCGUCUAAUCAUAAAACCGAUCCAGCUAUCCUCGAUGAACUAGAGAAGGCGACGGGGAUAGCAUCGCAAUAUCUCACCGAUUUCUCUCCUGGUAUGGCUGUCGCCCGACUACAGCUGCAGUGGGCAUCAGGGCGUCGCACGACCCGACCGGAGGACGUUGCGUAUUCAUUAUUCGGAGUUUUUGGGGUCCAUUUACCUGUACUCUAUGGCGAAUCUGAGGAGAACGCCCUUGGGCGUCUCCUAGCAGAGAUAAUUUCGCAGUCAGGAGACAUUUCUAUCCUAGAUUGGGUUGGAGAGGCAUCAUCAUUCCACAGCUGUUUCCCUGCAAGUAUCACUUCGUAUGCCAUGUUGCCGCCCGCCCACCCACCUCCGAGCCAAGUGGAGUCACAAACUCUGGUGCCGAGGAUGUGGUCGCGCGUGACCCAUGCGCGUAGUCGCUCGAUGUAUCGUGCUCUUUCCAACUUACCUCUCCCGCGGUUCUUCACUCGCAGGCUUAUCUUACCGUGCCUCAUUCACCGUGUGAAGCUGGUCCAACUGAAGCAGGUGGAUCCUGUUACUGCGUACUACCUGUACCAAAUUCAGGCGGUCGGACUCACACCGCUGGAAAUUACAUCGUCAGCGAAACUCCAGGAGGGGUCGGAGCGAUUGGAGACAAAACUGCCGUAUAUUCUGAUCCGCCCUUGGUGUUCAAGCUUGCUUGGGUCUGGAACCAGUAAUGAAUGGCUCUCUCAGUUACAACGGCCAUUCAAUGCGCUAUUGCUGGCAGAACGAUCCCACAACGAGUAUACGAGAAUCGCAUCAUCUUGUCACAUCAUUGCUUGCCCCAUGGGGUCCACGGCCGUUUUGAAAAGCGAGGUUAGAGUAUUGGCUGUAGUGUAGCUAGUAGUGACUGUC